GUAUGGGACCCAAGUUCUGUCUGGGUUAGAGUCCUAGAAUCUGGGUUGGAGUCCCAGAGAAAGGACCAAGUUCCUUAGGUCGGGUUGGAGUCCCAGAGAAAGGACCAAGUUCCUUUAGGUCGGGUUGGAGUCCCAGAGAAAGGACCUAGUUCCUUUAGGUCGGGUUGGAGUCCCAGAGAAAGGACCAAGUUCCUUUAGGUCGGGUUGGAGUCCCGACUUGGGUUCCAGAGAGACUGUUGAUCUGAUCUUAAAUACAUUGCACUUUCAAUUUUACUUACUAAAAAGCCUUUUUAACUUUCAAUUUAAUUGUCUAUUUUUACCAGAAAGAUACAUGAUCUGAUACCAGAGAGAAAGGAUAAGGGUUACUAGAAUCCGGGUUCGAGUCCCAGAGAAAGUACCAAGUUCCUUUAGGUCGGGUUGGAGUCCCGACGCGUAUACCAGAGAGACUGUUGAUCUGAUCUUAAAUACAUUGCACUUUCUAUUUUACUCAUUUCUUUGCAUUUGUUUUCUUUUACUUAUCUAUUAUUUUAUUUUAUUGUAUGACAAUGUUUAUAUGUGAAGCACUUUUAGUCUGCCUUGUGUAUGAAAAGUGCUAUAUAAAUAAAGUUGCCUUGCCUUGCCUUACUAGUAGCCAAACAUUAACUUGACUUAACACCAAAAUCAAAUUGAUCAGCCACUGUCAGAAUUGAUGGAUACGAAAAUUGAAUUUUUUUAUACAAAAUCUAGGUUUGCUUUCACUUUGACCUUCAAAUGACCAACUCCUAUGACUUGCUGCUCAUCUUAAUGUUUCCAUUAAAUCGUUUAUGGACGCGAAGCAAUUGGCACAUACAAACAAUUAUCACCUAUGAUAGCAUGUUAGCCUGUUUUUCACUGAUUUGGUUGCUAGCUAAUGUAAAUUUCAUUUCCAUUUGCUAAACUUCAUUGCGUAAUGAAAGUAGACAUGUCUCUGAAUAUCCAUCCCAGGUUUUGCGGGCUACAACUAAACCGUUGUGGUUGCUCCCCUGACCCGACUACGCAACUACUAUCUACUGCCGGAGACAGGCAGGCAAUAUGAAAUAUAAUAUUAGAUUAGAAAAAAAGUCGGGACCAAACCAAGAUUUUGUCAUGUUUGAAGUUUGUUUCGGUAAACUGAUGGCCAACAGUUUACCGUAAGUAAUCCUAAAAUGCGCAGAUGAAUAUGAACAGUGAAAAUGUCCCACAUUUACGGUAGCCUGGAUUGAAUAAAACCCUUGUGCUUGUGGACGAUGCUGUGCAGUGACGGACAUAGUGUAGGCCUACUGUUCAUUGCGCUGUCCAAUCGCUAAUACACAGUGUUAUCUUCAGACUUUAUUGUGUAUGGCCAACGGGGUUGUUUCGGCCACAAUGGAAAGUAAAGUACAAUAUAUUUUAGAUCUUAAGCCAAAUUGGACGAGGGUUGUGAUUUCAACUCUUUGCGGAACUUGUUCGAUAGGCUUACUCGUAAAAUGGAUACAUCGUGUGCGGGCGGACAGCUUGAUUCUGAAGGCAAGAAACCGUCGAGAAACCAAUCUUCUGCAGGCGGAACAAGUUGUGCGCGACUACAAUGAUUCGCAUCCCGGUGCGGACGACUGCCUCAUUCACUCACUUUCUGCACGUCAGCUGACGCUGAGUCUAAAGAAGGGAUCCUUGGUCCCUGAAGACGUGUUAUUCUCAUAUAUGUCAAAGGCACUAGAAGCCAAUAAAAGACUUAACUGCUGUACAGAGAUUAUGAUGGAGAGUUUGAACCACUCGAAAUCUAUGGACUCUUAUAAAGACGGACUGCUGUACGGUGUUCCUGUAAGCAUCAAGGACAACGUAGGAUGCAAGGGCUAUGACUCCACCUGUGGGCUGCUCUGCAGACUGAACCAGCCGGCUCUGGAGGACAGCGUCAUUGUUGAGGUGUUGAGAAGACAAGGAGCCAUCCCUUUCGUGAAGACUAACGUGCCUCAAAGCCUCAUGAGUUAUGAGUGCAGCAACCCCAUCUAUGGGACGUGUGUGAACCCCCACAACCCUAAGAAGACCCCGGGGGGCUCUUCUGGUGGGGAGGGGGCCCUCAUCAAGGGAGGUGGAUCGUUGCUGGGCAUAGGCACUGAUAUCGGGGGCAGUAUACGAAUACCCUGCUCCUUCUCAGGGAUCUGUGGGCUCAAGCCCACCUGCAAUAGACUGAGUACAAAGGGGAUCUCCAGCAGUGUCAAAGGACAAACUUCAGUGAAAUCCAGUGUGGGACCCAUGGCCAGAGAUGUUGACAGCCUGGCACUUUGCAUGCAGGCCCUGCUGUCUGAUCACAUGUUUACGCUGGACCCUACUGUUCCACCCAUCCCAUUUAACACAAAGGUGUACCAGAGCUCCAAGCCACUGAGAAUAGGCUAUUACGAAAACGACGGCUACCAGCAUCCAUCUCCCAGCAUGCUGCGGGGGGUCAGAGAGGUCAAGGCUCUGCUGGAGCGUGCUGGCCACACUUUUGUGGCCUUCAAGCCGUUGAAGAUGGAAUACGCCAUGAAUGACCUCAUCAUUAAAGCCUUUUUUUCCGAUGGAUCUUCCACUUUGCUAAAAGCCUUCGAGCGGAGCCCACUGGACCCUACGAUUGCCUUCCCGAUCCAAGUGUGCAGAUUGCCUUACGUACUAAAGAAAAUCCUCUCAGUUCUUCUGAAACCUCUGUUUCCCCGCGUUGCGAAGAACCUCGGCCUUCUCUGUGGACUCGGGUCGGUCCAACAGCAGUGGGAACUGGAUGUUGCAAUUCAGGAAUACAUUCGGGAGACCAUUGAAGAGUGGAAGAGGUGUGACCUUGACGUGCUGUUGUGCCCUGUGAUUGGUCCAGCCUUCAACCACAACUACAGUGCCAAGCUCGUCUGCGCCCUCAGCAGCACCCUCCCCUUCAACCUGCUGAGCUUCCCCGCGGGCGUGGUCCCGGUCAGCAGCGUUACCCCGGCGGACGAGAUCCUGCUGAAACAAUUCAAGGGGAAUUUCCAGGACCUUUGGGACAGGGAGUUUGUGCAGGCGGUGAAGGGGGGUGAGGGCCUGCCUGUAGCGGUGCAGUGUGUGGCCUUACCCUGGCAGGAGGAGCUGUGUCUGCGCUUCAUGAAGGAGGUGGAGACCCUGGUCGGAGAGAGCAGGCCGUGAGGAGGGAGAGGGAGAGGG